ACCACAAAAGGGAACAGAUCCUCGUUCAAAACUUUACUCUUUCACAUGUCUCGUUUCACUCUCACUCAUAUCUGCCAAAUCACCCUUUGGCUUUCAUCGCUUCUUUGCAAUAGUUUUUUUCCCCUAGAUCUCUCACUUCCUCAAACCCCUAAAUGUCCCAACGGUCGUUGUUCCAUUAAUCUCCUACAUUUACCUUAUUAAAUAUUAUACAAAACAAUACUCUUGUCAAAGCAUCCACCUCCUGUUUCCUGCAUAACAUGUCGCACAGUCUCUUCUUUCCUCUAAUUGUGUAUCUCAUUUUCGUGCUGCUGCCACGGUCAAUGGCCCAGCAAGGCGGCGGAACGGUGGUCACGGAGCUUUGGUGCGUCGCAAAGAACAACGCGGAGGACGCGGCGCUGCAGGGAGCGCUGGACUGGGCGUGCGGCCCAGGCGGAGCGGACUGCAGCCGGAUCCAGAAAGGUGGACCCUGUUAUGACCUCUCAGAUAUCCAGAAAACGGCGUCGUAUGCCUUCAACGACUACUACUUGAAGCACGGUUUGACUGACGACGCUUGCUCCUUCUCCAACACUGCCGCUCUCACUUCCUUAAACCCUAGCCAUGGUGAUUGCAAGUUUCCUUCCAGCAAAACAGUGAAAAAUGCAAGCAUUUCUGGAUCAACGGGAACACUGGGGAUGAGACCAGAUACUGCAGAUUUGAGCGCUUCUAAUCGCAUUGCUCACUCCUGGCUAAGGCCGCUAAUUGUUGCUCAUUUGUUUUUUGUUAUUGUAAGGAUCUUCUCAGAAACUUAGAGUGAAAUGACACGUUUUAGUUGAAAACCAUUGGCAAUUAUUUUUAUUUGUUCUGAAUUAGUAAGGCAAAUGCCUUUUGUGGACAAGGUGUAGUUAUUUCAAAUUAAACUCUUGGAUUGCGUGUAUGUUUCUGCAAGUUUUUUCUUUUUUGUUUUAUUCCAGCUUUGCUACCUUGUUGUGGCUUUUUGGGAUGAACAUUUCUAUGCGGGCUUUUACAUGAGAUUGUUAAUUUACAAGGCUGAAAUUUGAAGUUCUUAUGUGAAGAAAAUGGGCAUUAAUAUUUGGAUCGAAGGGCAAAUUUGUUAUUAUACCAUUUAUACUACGGGUAAAAUUUGGAAUUUACCGUUUUAUUUUAUUAUUUUGAUUGAAAUUUAUGAUUAUAUUAUUAUACUUUUAUUGAAAAUUUUGGGGAUGAACAUUUCU